AUGCCGCCCCGAGCAUCUCUGACCAGCUCUUUCUCUGUCACGGACGCCAAUAAUGAAGUUGUUUGCCCUUUGAAAAAUAACGAUGGUUCCAAUUGCCGGAAAAGAUGCCUAGGUGAGAAGCGCUACCGCUCCAUGCAGGAGCACAUCCGUCGGGCCCAUCCAAACCACUAUAUCCCGAAGCUCCCGGCUACAGAAGAGAGCUUUAUCUUGAUGGUUACCACGCCUCCUGAUCAACGCGCUCACCUAUCUACUCCGAAUGCAACUUCAUCUCGACGCCGCAAUGAAGUUCCAGAUCGAGACAUCUAUGUUGCUGACGCCAGCUCGCCCGCGACCCCGCGUGGUAUCGAUGAAGCUCACCCCGCUGCUGCGACCGCUGCUGUCGCACUGGCCCAGUUGCACCACAACCGCCUAGCAUCGGACUGGGAUACAGAUAUGGAAACUCAUUCAGACAAUGACAUUGGUCGAGACCGAAUGAGAUCUUCAAUCGAACUGCCUUCUCUUAGGGAUCAUUUUAAACAGGAAUCGUUACCUCCAUUUUCUUCCCCUCGCCCCAGAGAGCUCCUUCCGUCGAUCCUCAAUCAUUCUCCUCCUGGUCGCUCUUCGACCCUGCCUCCCAUUCAACGGAGAGACAAAUUACCACGUCCUCGCAAAUCUUCGAUAUCCGGAGCACGGAAGCCGAAGCAUGAACGGACAAAAUCGAAAGAAUAUGGAAGGCGCCCUAGUUUGGGCGAUCGUAAAGCAUUAUCAGCUGAGCCACAAACCGCAGCGUGGGCCCAAGGCAAACGCUGGGAGGAUCUAAUUGAGGCUGCCACUUCAGCCACCGAGGCGGAUGAUGAACAUCAUUCAGAGGAUAACUAA